GCACAAACUCUCCCCCAUGGACAUCAAUCCGUCAGAUACAUCAACGCAACCAUUCAGCACAACAGACACUGUCCAACCAGCCACCCACCAGCCCGGCAUUGCUCUCAGCAGCCGACUUCAAAAAGAUCAGACAGACAGACAUGAUCGCCAUACAUACGGCCACCGCACAACGGCACAGACGCACAUGCAGAUGAUUGGAUGAAUGAAUAGAUAAAAAACACCACAGCUUAGGAAGAUAGAAAACGAGUCCCAAGCAGACCUACCCGCACACCAUGGGCGGCUGCUCUUCAUGCCCCUCCUCACCCUAAUUGUCACCCCCCGCCAUCGCGUCAUCCUCCUCUCCCCCUUCCCCUUCCCCUCCCCCUUCCUCGUCUGCGGCCUCCCCCUGCUGCUGCCCGUUGACAUUUGGCGGGAAGGCCACCCGCUCAAAAACGAAUGUGAUGAAUCCCCCGGUGCGGCGACGGAAGGAGAGCUCAAACUGAUCCUCUCCCGUCCGACGCAGCCGCACCGGGACAUCCCUUCUGCCCCACCCGGCGAUCCCUUCGACACUUUGCAGAUCCUUGUCGCGUACAUAUGGCUCAGACAGGUGUGCCUUUCCUUCGUACAGGCCCCCUGUCUGGCCCCCCUCGUCCAUCUUCACCACCUCGCAGAAGCAGAGGUUCGCCAUGGUCGUCUGCACCUCCACUCUACGCGCCCCCGUCUCGUGAUCGACGAAGCAGAGGACGUGCAAGGAGUGGGAUUCAGGCUGGCCGCCUUCACGCCACACGCCACAUAGUGGUUCCUCUGAGAUGGCCAGGCGACUCCCGCGGGCCACCGCAGUCACGCCAAGCACCCGGGGAGUCAGGCCGGGGAAAUCCGGCAGGACGGGGACGGGGACGGCGAUCACGUCGUCGUCGAUGCAGUCUUGGCCGAACGGGACUUCUGUGAGGUUAGACUCCUCCCAACUGUUCUUGACCCGCCACCUGCACACGACACGCACACACACAGUCAAACACACACACACACGCACACACACACACACACACACACACAGAGAGAGAGAGAGAGAGUGAUGGGUACGUGCAUUCAGCCCCUGCGUGUUCGUGCCCACACUUACAUCCAGAUGCCGUGUUCCGUCUUCCUCCACCCAUAGAACACCAUUGCAUGGGUUACGUUGCCAUCUCGAAAUGCCGUGCCGCCGGAGCGGGAGUCGUACGGCGCUGCUGCCGAGCCAGUGAAGUCAGCCGCGAUUCGGAAACCUGACACAUAAUGAGGGACAUCUCCAUCACAUGACUCAACGCGCUCAGUGGUCGUUGCUCACUUGUGACUAUGACAGGCCCCUCGCGCACCAUCCACCUGAUGAGCCAGACAGAAAAGCCAGACGCAUCCAUCGUGCUAUGGUUGCAUGCUGCUUAUCCAUCCAUCAGUGUACCUACUUGCAGAUUGCUUUCACCCGCUCGUGCGCCUCCUUGUUCGUACUCGUAUCCGAGCUGUACGGGCUUGGUCCCCGUCAGGCACUCCAGCGCAUGAGCAGGGUCACCACCAGAUUCAGCAGUCCUGCCGCACAGCCGCAGAAGCCUCUCCUCACUGCACAGAUGCGACAGCUCCGGGGGGUCCCACACGUGGCACCCUUCAUCUUUCAGGAGGGCCGAGCACUUGAAUGCACAUGCCGACGCGUAGAUCCAGCACGUAUUUCUGUUUUGCUGGUCGAAGGGCUCGUUGAUGACGACGUCGAGAUGGCCGAGCGAACGACAGUCAAAGUCUACAAUUUUUCGCACAGGGAGGUCCUCGGGAGGCCGUAGGCGUGACAUCUUGACGUGAUUUGUCGGUCGGUAACGGGCUGUCG